UCAAAGCGAACGCUACGUCAAACGGUUGAUAUACUCGCUCUCUUUCAAAAAAAAAAACAAACCAUAACCAUACCAAAAAAUUGCUAAUUUUCCAUAAUAAAUUUCGUGUUGUUUCUGUUGCAUUUGUGUGUGUGUGCCAGUGGGUGUAUAUGUGCGUACAUAUGUGUAUCUAAAGUGUACAGCAUUAAUGCUUCAAUAGUUUCUACAACUUCUAUAAGAAUCCAAAAAUAUCAUACAUAAAAAUGGUAACCCUUAUGCCAUAUAACUAUGCAGCACCACGUUGCGGAUUAAUUGAUAAGAUGAUCGAACCAAAGGUUAAACGUCCCAAGACAGAGCAUACGGAUACACAUGAACGCAAUCGCCUAUGCAACUUAUCACAGCAGCAACAGCAACACCAGCAACAACAACAACAGCAGCAGCAAGCCCAACAACAACAACAACAGCAAACACAUCCCAGCCUCGCCGUGUUGGCCAGCAAUGGACCAAGUAGCGCCGGUGCCGGCAGCUUGGGCAUGGGCAUGGGUGUGGGUGUUGGCGUUGGUGUGGGCGUGGGCCUGCCAGGACAAUGUAGUCCUUUAGGAUUACCACCACAAAGCCAACCCUUGCAACCAACCAUCAGCUCGCUGGCCUCACUGAGUGGGCAUUAUGCCACAACUGGAACCAGCAGUAGCAGCAGCAGCAGCAACAAUAACAACAGCAACAACACCACAAAUCAAACUCAGCCCAGCAGCUGCAGUUUAAAUGCAUCCGUCACGAGUUUUGCUCAAUCCUCGGGCAGCAGUUUCUCCACAUAUCAACAGGCCAGCGGUAGCGGAGGAACUCCCGGUGAGGAGACUGUCGCCGGCUUGUCCCAUUGGACCCACGAUGUGGGUGUUGGGGUGGGCAGCACUGCAACAGCAUCAACAGCGGCACCUGUGAAAUCCGAAUCUCGUAGUCCUGGCCAAGGCCAUUCAUCGUUGGACAAUGGCGGCGUCAGCGGUGUGGUAUCCUCGGCUGUCAGUGUGGCAAGUGGAGCGAAUCUCUAUGGCUGCAGUGCCGCCAAUCCGCUGGAUAGUGCCACAUCAGCUGUGGCCUCAUCGGCGGUGGCUGCAGCCGCUGCUGCUGUCUAUGAUGGGAAACAUGACUAUUAUUACUACAACAGCAUGCAACAGUAUACACCGCCUCCUUUCUAUUCCGGCUAUGGGACACCGUAUGCAGCGGCGGCUGCCCGUCAGGCCAAAAUGGAGCCGGGCUCGGCGGCAGCAGCUGCAGCCUAUCUGACACCCACCUAUGCCAGCUCCAGCAAUAAUAAUAGCCAACUCUAUAGCAAUCCCUAUGCGGGCUAUCAGAACUUCGGCCAACAGGACUACAGUGGCUAUUAUAAUGAACAGUAUGGCAAUUAUUAUAAUCCCGCCAAUUAUUCGCCGUAUGCCGUCAGCUCGCCCAGUUCGAGUGCCAGUCAUAGUCAUGGUGGACACGGGGGUUUCCAUGGUGUGGCCGCCUCCUCGAAUCUGUCGGAGAGCCCAACGGAUACGCAUUCAACAACGCCCGUCAAUCAGGCCAAUCAAUCGCCGCACUCCCCCAUGCCGAUCUCACCAAAUCAACCGGGAGUUGUUCCGGGAUUGGGCGGUAACUCGGCUGGCACUGUCUCCUCGGCCACACUGAAUUCCAGCGGUGGUUCAUCGUCUACCAAUACAACCACCUCGUCGACAAAUGCCAAAACCACGCCCACUGGCAAAACUGGUCGAGCUCGUGGUCGACGCCAUCAACAGCCAAGUCCCACACGGAGUACGGCGUCUGAUACGGGCAAUAGUGAGGCUGUUAAGCCACCUGAACGUGUCUUUGUCUGGGAUCUUGAUGAGACUCUCAUUAUAUUCCAUACCCUGCUAUCGGGUAGCUAUGCCAAUCGUUAUACCAAAGAUCACAGCACACUGAUGACCAUUGCAUUUCGCAUGGAGGAAAUGGUCUUCAAUAUGGCCGAUACGCAUUUCUUUUUCAACGAAAUCGAGGAAUGCGAUCAAGUGCAUAUCGAUGAUGUUAGCUCCGAUGAUAAUGGUCAGGACUUGAGUGCAUAUAACUUUGCCACAGAUGGUUUUCAUACAGGCACACCGCCAGGAGCACCGCCAAAUCUCUGCCUGCCCACUGGGGUGCGUGGUGGAGUCGAUUGGAUGCGCAAAUUGGCAUUUCGUUAUCGCAAAAUCAAGGAUAUCUAUAACAGCUAUAGGGGAAAUGUUGGCACACUUUUGGGUCCCGGAAAACGUGAAACUUGGCUACAAAUCCGCUCAGAAAUCGAGGUGGCUACCGAUAAUUGGGCCACCUUGGCGCUCAAGUGUCUCAGCAUGAUAACUCAACGUGAAAAUUGCGUCAAUGUGCUGGUCACCUCAACGCAAUUGGCACCGGCUUUAGCCAAAGUAAUGCUAUUCGGUUUGGGCAGUAUAUUCAAUAUUGAGAAUAUCUAUAGUGCCCAUAAAAUAGGUCAAGAGACUUGCUAUGAGCGAAUUGUGACGCGUUUUGGACGCAAAAGCACCUAUGUAGUGAUUGGCGAUGGUGCCGAGGAGGAAUCAGCGGCAAAGGCCAUGAAUUUCCCCUUCUGGCGCAUCUCUUCCCACAGCGAUAUAAGAGCUCUAUAUACUGCCCUCGAUAUGGGCUUCUUAUGAAAGGCCAAAUCGAGCAGUAGAAUCCGUUUUGUAAUCGGAAUCAGAAUUUGUAAAAGUCGAAGCAGUUUUGAGUACAAACAGCAAACAAAAAAAAAAAGAAAAUGUUUUAUAAUUUAUUUUAUUUUUUUAUUUACAUUAUUACAAAACCUAACGAAAGGUAUGAAAGUGGGGUAUAACAAAACUGUAAACCAGCGCAAAAUAAUUUAAUUAUUUUGUUUAAACAAUUAAUAUUAUUAUUAAAUAAAAAAAAAAAACCUUUAAAUAUAUACAUAAUUUUUAAUGCAAAGACUUUAUUGUAUUAUAUAGUUUUUAAAUGUUAAUUCAAAU